CGAAUGUCGUUGUACCCAUAUUGGUGGCGCACCGGCGAGCUGCUCGAUCACGUCCUCGGAGAACCCGUCUCGGGAUAUCUACGGACGCUUGCGGCCCCAGAACGUCUCGCGGCAGUCCCUGCGCAUCUCCGACCUGCGUUACUACAAGCGCAACUUGAUGAGUCGUUUCCGCCUACCUUCCUAUUGCACGGCGAACUGGACACGGUCGUCCCGCUCGUGGAAUCGAAGACGACGUACGAUUGCUUACGGGACCUAGGCGUCACCGUCGCGCUCGAAGUGGUACCCAACGGUCCUCAUGGACUGAUGACGUGCGUUAAUCCCGUGCAGUUCGCACCCGGGGCGGACGAGGCCCAGGAGAAAGGCAUGGGGUUCCUUGCAAGGGUACUC